AUGCACAUCGACAGUCAUGCAUUUAAUGGAUUCCAGCAUUUGUUAUUUUUGAAUUUAAAUGGAAACAAGUUGCAGAAAUUACCUGCAGAAAUAUGCAAACUCACCAGUCUCCGACAUUUGUCCCUUGACAACAACCAGAUAACAGAAUUGCCGGUGGAAUUCUGCACGCUGAGCACAUUACAAGAGCUUUAUAUAGCUGGGAAUAAACUGACUUCACUUCCUCUAGAGAUUGGUUACCUGACUGGGCUCCAAAAAUUAUGCUUACAAAAGAACAAAAUUAGAGAACUACCAGAGGGACUGAGCAAAUGCUACAGGCUUAGAUAUCUGGAUGUGGCAGCAAAUGAAAUCAGAAUAUUUCCAACAGAG